AUACCGAUGUACGGUUGUUUUAGUUGUGCAAUAUAGAAAUUGAUAAACUAAUCUCGCUACUUUUUUUUUGUGCGAUUGUUUAACUUACAACGACGCGCGGCGGUGCGACUGAGACACCAAUAAUUAUAGCCUGCGAUUAUAGAUCCGGAUAAUCCGCAUAUAGAAAUAACCCCAUUCAACCGAUUUUAUUCUCAGUCGAACGAAAGAAAAACAUAGCGAAAAUGUUGCGUACUCUGUCACGCGUUAGCGAAUUGCCAAUUAUUGUUAAGCAACUGCAAAAACGUUGCCAUAACAACAACAACAACAAUGGAUGGCGGAUAUAUAACAACAAGAACAACAACAACAUCAUCGGAAAUGGGAGAUAUUCAUCGUCGUUUUUCGGUUUAUUCCAGAAUGCAGCCCAAGCAGGAGUUUCAAAAACCAACAAUUAUGCCACGGAGGCCACCAUUCAAGUGAAUCGGCCCUUCAAGCUGCAUCGCCUAGAUGAAGGACCCGCCACUGAAGUCAAACUUACCAAGGAUGAGGCCCUCAAGUACUACACACAGAUGCAGACGAUCCGUCGAUUGGAAACGGCCGCCGGUAAUCUGUACAAGGAGAAGAUCAUUCGUGGCUUCUGUCAUCUGUAUUCCGGCCAGGAGGCUUGUGCCGUUGGCAUGAAGGCGGCAAUGCGAGAUGUGGACAAUAUCAUUUCGGCAUACCGUGUCCAUGGUUGGACCUACCUGAUGGGCGUUUCGCCGAGUGGUGUGCUGGCUGAGCUCACUGGUGUCCAGGGCGGUUGUGCCCGCGGCAAGGGUGGCUCCAUGCACAUGUAUGCACCGAAUUUCUAUGGCGGCAAUGGCAUCGUUGGUGCUCAGGUUCCGCUGGGCGCUGGAGUUGGUUUGGCCUGCAAGUACAAGGGUAACGGUGGCAUGUGCCUGGCACUCUAUGGUGAUGGUGCCGCUAACCAGGGACAAGUGUUCGAGGCCUACAACAUGGCCUACCUGUGGAAGCUGCCCGUGAUCUUCGUCUGCGAGAACAACAACUACGGUAUGGGUACAAGCUCGGAGCGUGCUUCUUGCAAUACGGACUACUAUACCCGCGGUGAUGCCCUGCCCGGAAUCUGGGUGGAUGGCAUGGAUGUGCUAGCCGUGCGCAGUGCCACCGAGUUCGCCAUCAACUAUGUGAACACCCACGGACCUCUGGUCCUGGAGACAAACACGUACCGGUACUCUGGUCACUCCAUGUCCGAUCCGGGCACAUCAUACCGUACACGUGAGGAGAUCCAGGAGGUGCGUCAGAAACGUGAUCCCAUCACCUCCUUCAAGGAGCUGUGCAUCGAGCUGGGUCUUAUCACCACCGAUGAAGUUAAGGCCAUCGAUCUGAAGGUGCGCAAGGAGGUCGACGAGGCCACUGCCUUCGCCAAGUCCGAUGCUGAACUGGGUGUAAGCCAUCUCUGGACGGACGUCUACUCGAACAACCUGGAGCCCAAGCUGCGCGGCACCAUUGCCUACGAUAUUGAUCAUAUCCAGGAGCACAAGGGUGUCAAUCACUAAGUCAGCGGGCCAACGAAUUUGAUUCGGGAACUCACAAGACACAAAAUCGAUAGAAAGCAAAAUAACAAACACCAAAACAGAAAUCACACACAGACAGACACGAAGACACUUUAGACUCAAACUCAGACACUUAGACACAAGCGAAAUCUCUAGCUCUUAAGCCGAAUGUUAAAUAAUGAUGAGAACCCCGUAGGCCGGACCCGAAGAAAGAACCCACUAAACAAAAAGCUUAGCUAAUCGGAGCACUUUAAUCACAUCGUAGUGCACCAAACCAACCACAUUACUCUGGGGAACUGCAUUGGAUAUUAUUGUGAACGUGUUCAAUAUGGAUAAAGCGAGGUGUAAAUUGUUGAAAAAAUAUAAAUACCUAGAAAAAUUAA